ACAAUCAACAUGGAAUCUAAAAUGUCAUCGAGUCGAUCUUAUCCUAUGGAGACAUAUGAUUGUGAUCAAUUACCUUUGAGUGAAUUAUCAUCGACACUUGGAACUUACCUUUCCAAAUAUUAUGGUUCUUGUGAGGUUUCGGUCGUUGAUUGUCCCGAUCUAUCAAAGGAGCCAUUUAAUUUAGCGGGUUCUGGGCUUGGUGGGAAAACAGCGAUCGCUGAUAUUGGCGGAGUUCCUUACAUGAUGCCGAUGCCGAUUGAUCCAAAACCGAUUUACUCUUUCGUCCACCUUGGUCAGAAAAUGGGCUUCGAUGAGGCUCAUUUAAUGGGCGCUGCUUGUGUACCUUUCUUAUUAACUGGAGCAAUUGCUGAAUUUAUGCCCAAUAUAUUAUAUAAAACGGAUUCUAAAUCGGGGCAAACUCAUGUCACUCAUGGUUCUUACUAUUCUCAGAUGAUUAGUGAUAAUAAGUAUUUAAUGAGACCCUUGGCUUCCGAUUGUACCAACAUACUGGCCAAUGUGUUCAUCUCAGAAAACAAACCUUCCAAGGUGAUUAAGAUCGUUGCUCGUAAACGAAUUGAUAAACGAGGUGAAAGUUUAACUGUCGCCAUUCGUGACAUACUUCGGGAAGUUUAUCCAGAUAAAUAUAUUUCCAUGGGUGGAUUGUUUUUGGUUCGUCAGGGGAAAAUUUAUAUCCACGUUAUGCCCAAUGAUUUCUCGAAGACUCCAUGUGACACUGCUGAAAAAGCCGAUGAAUGGCUACACUUUUUCGAGGCUUCAGCGCCGAUCGUUGGUCUAACUACUCUUCACUCAAAAGAUCCUGGUUUCAAUCUGAGAGAUGAACACACUCAUUGUAUCGGUAAAGGUGAAGGUGGACAUUAUCAUCACGAUACAACACCGGACACCAUUGAAUAUGAGGCUUACCUUAAUGUCGCUCAGAAAAUAGUUCGAGUUGAUCAACCCUUUCAUGGAAAUGAACUGCUCAAAGUUAAAUCAAAAUCAACUCACUAAAUCGUCAAUUCAAUAGUUUCAAGUAUAAUCGAGUUAUUACCUUAUGCAAAAUUGAUUUGAUUGGAAAAUAGAAAUUAAAAUUCAACAAGAAAUACUUUUAA